AUGGCCGACCUCGACGUUGAGGCACUGCUUGAUGCCACUGCCAACCCCAAGAAUGAUGCAAGGGAAGCCAAGUCGGAAGAACCUGAUGACCGCUUGAAGUCGGAUCGUAGCGUGCGGCGGGACCGCGACCGCGCCCGCGAUGACAGCCGAGAACGCGACCACGAUCGCAAGCGCCGCGACCGUAGUUUUGACCGCGACCGACGGGACCGUGGUGAUGACAAGGGCCGGGAGGCUACCCCGCGUAGCGACACCGGUAGUCACAAGAGUAGGCGCAGAAGCAGGAGCCGCGAUGAUGACCGUCGACACUCACGACGUCACAGAGGAGGCGACGGAGAUUUCUACCGCAGCAGCCGCCGCGGCGGAGGCGGAGGACGAGAACGCUCUCGCUCCCGCUCCCCCAAUCGAUAUUAUCGCCCGCGCGAUGGUGGUCGUGAUGACCGCUCCAACCAUCACCGGGGCAGCAGGGAUGAUGAUCGUCCCCACAAUGGCCGAACUCCCAAGCGCGAUGCCACUCCCCAGCUGACGGAAGACGAGCGUGAUCGCAGAACCGUGUUUGUACAGCAGCUUGCUGCCCGUCUCCGAACCAGGGACCUCAAGGAGUUUUUCGAGAAGACUGGACCCGUGAACGAGGCCCAGAUCGUCAAGGAUCGCAUAAGCGGAAGAUCCAAGGGGGUGGGCUAUGUUGAAUUCAAGAACGAAGAAUCCGUCACUGCUGCUCUUCAGCUCACAGGUCAAAAACUCCUAGGUAUCCCGGUCAUUGUACAGCUUACCGAGGCUGAGAAGAACCGGCAAGUCCGCACUACCGAGGGCUCUGGCACCCACGCCAACUCCAUUCCUUUCCACCGCUUGUACGUGGGCAACAUCCACUUUAGCAUCACAGAAACAGACUUGCAAAAUGUUUUCGAGCCCUUCGGCGAGCUCGAGUUCGUUCAACUCCAGAAAGACGACAAUGGUAGGAGCCGUGGCUAUGGGUUUGUACAGUUCCGUGAAGCUGACCAAGCUCGUGAGGCUCUCGAGAAGAUGAACGGGUUUGAUCUCGCCGGUCGACCAAUCCGUGUCGGACUUGGAAACGAUAAGUUCACCCCUGAGUCAACUGCCAAUCUCCUACAGAGAUUCCAGGGCCAAAACCAACCAUUCCAGGGAUCUGCCUUUUCGGGCGCCGGUGGACGCGGCCAACAAGCUAGUGGGUUUGAUCGCGCCGGUGGCCGAGAUAACGACAAGGCGACUGGUGCCAGUGCCUUGGACGACACUGAUGUCGGCGGCGUCAACUUUAACAACUACAGUCGCGACGCUCUGAUGCGCAAGCUUGCUAGAACCGAUGACGCCCCCGCCCCUGGUCGGGAUGAGAGACAGAUUCUCAAGCCUAAAACAGAGACUAAGCCAUUGCCCGUCAAUGUCAAUAUGGCAAGUCGUUGUGUUGUCUUGCAUAACAUGUUUGAUCCAAAUGAAGAAGAAGGUGAAAGCUGGGUCAAGGAACUGGAGGAUGACGUUAGACAGGAAGCCGAAGAGAAGUAUGGCCAUGUGGUCCAUAUCUCGCUCGACCCCAACUCCCAGGGCGACAUAUACCUCAAGUUCGACAAGGUUCAAGGCGGCGAGAACGCCAUCAAGGGUUUGAACGGCCGGUACUUCGGCGGACGCAUGAUCAGCGCCGCACCUGUUGUGGAUGCCGUCUACAGCAGUUUGUUUUCACGCACCAAGGCUAUCUGA